CUGCAGUGGCAGUACGCAACCGAAGGCUGAACCUGAGAGAUCCUGCCAACUGUCUGACCAACAAGGUUGCUCUGCUGGAGCAUGAGGAUGCAGGACGGGAGUUGGAACCAGCCACUCCCCAUUUCUGUGCUGCAAAAGGACCCGGCAGCUGGCGGGACAUUAGAGGGAGAUGGGGGGGUGUAUUCAGAGGCCUCUUCUGAUGGAGAGCUCUAUGUUGACUCAGUGCCAGAGCAGGGAUUAGGAGAUGGAAACAUUGCAGAUCUUACUGCCUUCCUGACUGCUGAGGAAAUUAAUCUUAGCCUGGACCUGGCCCAGGAGGCCUUUGGUGAGACAUGUGAGUGUGAAGAAGCAGACCCUUUUAGUUUGACACAACUGGAGCAGGCUCUCCAAUUUGUCUCAUCAAUUUCUGUGCCUCCAAAAACUAAUGAACAUCUCCACACAAACACAAACCUGCAGCUCCAGACCAACCCCCUCUGCCCAGAUGAUAGUGCAGCAGUUUCAGUUUCAUCCAGCCAGAACCUCUCCCUUAACAAACCAGUGUCAAACGAAGUUCUGUCCUCUACUGAGAAGGUCAUCCGUCACAAACCCGCCCAACCAGUGUAUAAGCAGGAUAAACCCAGACUGGUUCACCAAGGCCUGGAGCUGAAUGAUCGAGCUGCCUCAGCCACAGAGUUCUGUAGCCGAGCUGCCACUUUCAUUGAGGAGUUGUCGUCCAUUUUUAAAAGUUCUUCUCAUUCAGAGCAGCAGCUGGAGGAGGAGUCUUCCUCUCCUGAUAGUGGGUAUCUGUCUCCAAGAGGCCAGAGGCCGGUUCCUCAGGGCUCAGCCUCCACUCCCUUCCUGCCUCCUGGCCAAGUGGAAGAUGCUCAUAUCAGCCUGACAGAAGUGGGUCAUCACCCAGGAGGACCAGUGAGACAGACGGCCCCUAAGGGGCACCAACAUUCUGAAGUUCCAUCAUCAUCUGGACCUCUGUCCCCUCCUCAGUUUCUCCAGAAGCUGAAGAGUCAGGAAGUGGCAGAAGGGAGUCCCAUUCGUCUGGAGUGCAGAGUCACAGGAAACCCACUGCCUCUUGUCAGGUGGUUCUGUGAAGGGCGUGAGCUGCAAAACUCACCAGACAUACAAAUCUGGAGUGACGGUAGUCUGCACACCCUGGUGAUUGCUGAAGCCUUUGAGGACGACACAGGACGUUACACUUGUGUAGCUUCCAACAGUCUCGGAGCAAACAAUACCUCAGCUGAGGUGUACAUUGAAGGGGCCUCGUCAUCAGACUCAGAAGGAGAAGGAGCGGCGUCAAAAUCAAGAUCAGGAGCCAUGUCUCAAGCGCAGAAAAAGUCAACUUCAAUGUCCCUUACAAUACGCUCAUCAUCACCCAAAACCUCAGAGGUUCUUCCGCAUCGCUCAGCCCUGGUCCAGUCUAUGUCUCAGCCUCCACAGCGGGUAAGGACCCACACCACAUAG